GUGACCUAGCCAGAUCUCGCGCACACGCCGCCGCGGCUGUUCUCGCGCACGCGCCUCCGCCGUUCAGCGCACGCGGCCGGCGACGCUCCACCUCCAGCCCCCGGCCGGUGACGCUCCAUCCCCGGCCCUGGGAUCCAUCGGCGUCACCUCGCCAAGCCUCGCGGAUUCCCCGUCGCGCUCUGCUCGCUGGGGGCGCUGUAGCACCUCGACCUGUCGUCGAACGACCUCGCCGGGCCGCUGCCGCCCUGCCUCGCCGCUCUCCCGGCGCUCGAGGCGCUCAACCUCGCGUCGAACAACUUCUCCGGCGAGCUCCCGGCGGCCUACGGCGGCGGGUUCCCGUCGCUCGUCGUGCUCAACCUGAUACAGAACUUCAUCUCCGGCGCGUUCCCGGGGUUCCUGGCCAACGUCUCCGCGUUCCAGGAGCUCCUGCUCGCCUACAACCCGUUCUUGCCGUCGCCGGCGACCUCACCGUGCUCCGCGUACUGUUCUUCCCCAACUACUCCCUCACCGCAUGUGUCCUAGAAGAAGAUUCAAGAGGUACUAGAAAAAGCUAUUGUUCAUCGUCUUCACAUUGAAGGGGAGCUGUAUAUUGGCAUUCGUGCAGAGAGUUAUGGCUCGUCUUCCCUUGUGUACCAAAACGCGGAGAAGAAAUUUAGGACUUAGAAAUAUGAUGAUUGCCGUUACACUUAUGUAUUAUUAUAUUGUUGUACUGUUUGUAAUUGCAUAUAAAAGAAAAUGUUGGAAAAUAGAGAGAAGGGUCAAGAUUAGAGAACUUAGGAGUGAGCGACUAUUCCAACUUAUUUGUGAGAGUGAUAUCGCUUGUAUAAGCGAGCUUUGAAUGGAUAGGAAGACAUUUCACAUUUUAUGUGGUAUGAUUAGGGAUGUAGGAGGUUUGGAGGAUACAAGGAAUAUGCCAUUAGAAGAAUCAUUAGCUUCAUUUCUAUAUAUACUGUCUCACCAUUUGAAGAAUAGAACAAUAGGGUUUUUUUUUUAGAAGUGGUCAGACUGUGAGUAGGCACUUCAAUAUGUGCCUUCUAGCUGUUCUAAAGCUUCAUCAACUUCUACUUAAGAAGCCAGAACCAAUACAUGAGAACUCCACCGACGUUAGAUGGAAGUAUUUCAAGGAGGCUCAAAGGGAGUUAUGGAUGUCCAGAACAGUAUAGAUGAUUACUAUUCUCAAGAAAAUGUGCGGUGUCAUGGAAAUGGGAUGAAUAUAGAAGGAAGCAAUAUGGAUAUUCUUACUAGAGUGGAACUUGAGGUUCCAUUUGCCUCUGAGAAAUUACUAAAUUUGGAGAUGUUGGUGAUGGAGAUAGCUCGCAUGGCUACUGAUUUUGAGCCUCCUAUAUUGGAAGAUGAAUCUGUUUCUUCCGAGACUGCCAAGAGUGCUUUUGAAUUAGACAUCCUAUAUGGUAUUCGAGAUGCAGAAGUCAGGGAGUUGGAUGAAAUGAUCACUUCUCUUCAAAAUGAUAUUCAAAAUGUCGAGCACAAGGUUUAUGAAGAUGAAUCUGGAGGCAAGAUUAAAGCUAAGUUGGAUGCUGCUAUGGUGUCUUUAAACCAGAUGAAGGAUUUAAUUUCUGAUAUCAGAAAAGAGUCGGCCAAGUUUGAGAAAGCCAUAGAGUUUUCCCGUGACGAAGAAGGAAUUACUGAAGACAGUGGGUAUGAAAAUGGCAUUAUGUCUUCCCACACUAGUAUGCAGACAGAGAGUCAACGAAGAAAUGUUUUGCACAUGUUAGAACAAUCGAUAGCAAGUGAGCUCGAUCUUGAAAAAAAGCUUUCUGAAUCAAGAUUUAUCAUAGAAGAACUCAAAAUGAAACUCCAUCAUCAUGAUCAGGAAAAAUAUUUCCUAGAGGAAUCUAUUGAAUCAUUGUGUGGAAGAGCGUAUGCAGCAGAAAAUGCUUCUGAGAUACUCUUCGGAACAUCAAAGGAACUCGUGGAUAGAAUUAGUAACAUACAGUUCCAACUAAGUGCAUCAAGAUUCAGGGAGGAUGAUAUGAAGUCGAAGUUAAAAGAAAGCUUGAUAAGACUAUCUUUGUUACAAGAAGAGAGUCAACAGAGUGGAGCUACAGAAACUGCUUACAGUCUCACGCAUCCAAGUCCUGAAUUCUUGUCCUUGCAGGACAAGGUUAAGGAUCUCAAAAAACAGUUGAGCGAAUCUGAUUCACAGUUGGAAUUGGCAAAGGCAUCAGCACAAGCUUUUCAGGAAGAGCAGAAUGUGCUGCAUUCCAAGAUAAGCACAUUAGAAAACACUAUUAAGAGUCUCAAAGAUGAUGUCUCAAGAGCAGAAAGUAGAGCACAGAAUGCUGAAGUAAGGUGUAUGCAGCUAACUGAAGCUAAUGUAGAACUUAAUGGGGAGCUAAGUUCUCUUAAAAGUCAUGAUUCAGACAAGGCCAGCCUUUUAGAGAGGAAACUUAAGGAGUCAAAUACCCAAUUAGAGCAUGCAAAGGCAUCUGUUGAUGCCAUUGUUGAACAGCAGAGUAUGCUGAGAUCUACAAUGUCAGAUAUGGAAAAUAUGAUUGACGAUCUGAAGGGAAAGGUUUUAAAAGCUGAAACGAGGGCACAAAAUGCUGAAUCAAAAUGUACAUCGUUAACAGACACUAAUUUAGAACUUAGCGAGGAAUUAUCAUUUUUGAGAGGUCGAGUAGAAAGUCUAGAGAACUCAUUACAUGAAGCCAACCAUGUUAAGAUGUCUACUGUCAAGGACAUUGGUAUGAGAACCAAAGUCAUUACUGACUUGGUCACAAAACUUGCAUUGGAAAGAGAGCGACUUCAUCAUCAGAUUUCUUUGUUAACAAAGAAGAACAAGAUAUUAGCUCAGAAGAGCAAAGGAAGUGUUAAAGAUGGUACACCGUUGAGCAAAAAUGUUACUGGCAAAGAUGCUGAGCUUCAUUCUACUAAAUUAGCUCAAGAAAUAGUUCCUGAUUUUUCAUCAUCACAGACUAAGGUUCAGAAAUCUGUAGAUCCUAUUAAUGAGGAAGAUAAGACAAGCUCUUCAGAGGAUGACAACUCUGCUGGGGAAGGCAUUCCUGAGGCAGUGCGGACCAUACAGCCGUCAGUGCUGAACUGGAAGUACAUCACCUUGGCACUCCUGAUCUUGUUGGUCGCUGUCUUCAUAUACCUGCCACUCCCAGAAGAAAGCAGCCUCGUGUGAAGAGUCCAAUGUAAUGAUGUCUAAUAUAGUCUGUAGUGUCAUCUCCCUGGUGUACCACAUUUAACAUCUGCUUAUUUCUUCUUUUUUUUUAAAAAAAACUUUGUUUCACUUUCACCCUCCCUUUCUGCUCAUAGAAUAAGCAAUUUUUGGUGGUGUAGACUGUGAUGUAUAGUGUUCAGAUUUGGCCUGAACUCUGUGGAGUGAUGCUCCUGGAUGAGUUAUUGUUAUUGACAUAGGGUUGAGUUGGUGUGGCACUUGAUUAUAUGCUAUAUCUUCCCAUUAGAACUAUCCUUUACCACUAAAACUGACAUGAGAGCUUCUGAAAGCUUGUCACACCCCCCAUGUCAAUAAUGGGAGUGCCGAAACUGUGCCGCUGGAAAUGUUGUGAAUCUGAAACCAGGCGGGGAUUCAGAACCAAAACCUGAAUAUCACAGGAAUUCAGA